AGAAGAAGCAGGAAGUUGCUGAGCUGAGCUCCCGAUGACUUCCUGCGGUGAAGAUGGAGAUUCUUCAAGAGAACAAGAACAAGAGCGAUCCAGAACCCUGCAGAAUUAAACAAGAAGAUACCGAGGAACAGAUCGACCCGAUGGGAGCGAACGAAGUUGAGGCGAAACACCUCCAGCAUCGCUUCACCACCGGAGACAAGACGGGAGGAAAAAAUUAUUUCAUCUGCCCGCAGUGCGGAAAGAGCUUCCCGCACAAAGGAGACCUCAACAAACACGUGCGUAUCCACACCGGAGAGAGACCGUUCGCGUGCCUUCAGUGCGGAAAGAGCUUCACGCAGAAGGCCAACCUCAACAGACACCUGCGCGUCCACUCCGGCGAGAGACCCUUCACGUGUCCCCAGUGCGGACGGAGCUUCACCUCCACCAGCAUCCUCAAGCACCACCUGCGCUCGCACUCCGGCGUGAAGCCGUUCCGCUGCGACCAGUGCCACAAGGACUUCAUCCUCGCCAGGCUGCUGAAGAGACACCUGAAGAUGCACGCCAACCGGAAGCCGCACUUGUGCUCGUUCUGCGGCAAGAGCUUUUCGCGCCUGGGCUAUUUCGAGGAGCACCAGAAGAUGCACGUCGGCGGCAGGCCUCACCGGUGCUCCGAGUGCGGCAACGCGUUCAACACGGCCGAUUCCUUGAGGAGGCAUCGGAGGAUCCACACCGGGGAGAAGCCGUACGUCUGCUCGCGCUGCGGGAAGGCUUUCAUUCAGUCGGGGCAUCUGAGGGCUCACGAGAGGCUGCGUCGGUGGCGCGGCAUGCAGCGAGGCCGAGGAGACGCGCCCAAGGUGCCGCGUGAGCUUGCCGACGCCUGCGUGGUGAGCGGUCCGCCUCAAAAAUGCGCCUCGAGAUUGGGAUGA